AUGAAGAUAAUUCUAGUUUGUUUGCUGGCUGUUGCCCUAGCUGAUGACCCUCUCAGAGAGGUCCUGAAGUCUCCCAGAGCUACUCUGAACUUGUACUCUCAGUUCAAGGCUAAGAACCACCUGAAGUUUCGCACUGGAGAAGAUGUGAUGAGAUUUAGACUGUUCAGAGCUAAUGCUGAGCAUGUUGCCGACUACAACGAGGACACUGAGGACAGCGCUGGCUAUGCUCUCAACAAGUUCUCCGCAAUGACCCCCGGAGAGAAACAGAGAUAUCUGGGACUCAACAUCACCUCCAUGACACCCGGACCUGAAGACACCGUGCUGAGGAGUGGGGUGGGGAACCCUUCUAAACUUCUCUGGACUGACAAAGGCAAGGUCACCCCUGUCAAGGACCAGGGAAGUUGUGGAUCUUGUUGGUCCUUCGGAGCAGUGGGAGGUGUGGAGACAACCUACGCAGUGAAAUCUGGAGUUCUGAGGAACUUCGCCGAGCAGGAGUGGCUCGACUGUGUGUUUGAGGGAAAGGAUGACGGAUGUGAUGGAGGCUGGGUUGAUAGAUGCUACUCGUGGAGCGCACAGUACGGAGGAAGACUGGCUGCUACCAAAGACUACCCAUACAAGGGGAGGGAUAGUAGGUGCUACUAUAAACAGAAACCUAACGCUAUGAAGGCAUACAAGAUCUCAGGAGUAGAAAGAGUCAGCCAGUCAGAAGCUGCCCACAUUGAUGUCCUUCAGUUCGCUUCCAUCGGAGUAGCCUUCGAGGUGACAGACAGGACUUUCCAGUACGAUCACGAGAUAUUGAGAGACACCACAUGUCGCGGACACGCUAACCACGCCGUUUCCAUGGUGGGGUACGCUCCUAAAUACGUACUGGUCAAGAACUCUUGGGGCACCACCUGGGGAGAUAAGGGUUUCGUUAGGUUCGCUAGAGGCUACCACAAUUGUCAGCUCUUCAAGUAUUCCAGCUAUCCCAGACUGGCGAGCACUGGAGGAAGCGACUCUGGAUCUGAUAGCGCCGUCGACUACACUCCUCCUGAUGAUGAUGGAAACAACCCCGACCCCAGCCCCAAGCCCGACCCCAACUGUAAGGAUGUGAACUCUGACUGUGCCAAGUGGAAGAGUUACUGUCAGAGUAACGGCUGGGUGGACUACAUGAAGAAGUACUGUGCUAAGACAUGCGGCCACUGCGAAGGUGGAGACGGUGGAGAUUGCAAAAGUGGAACAGUGAGGUGCAGCGACGGAGUGUGCAGACAUGAACACAUGUGUUAG